GAAACAGUAAUUUAUAAUUCUGUUCCUGAUGAUACAUGAUGGAUCUGAGAGUGUCUGCUGUUCUUCUUCUGCUUUUUCUUACUAGAGGAAACUCACUCAAGUGCUACUCGUGCAUUUCUGCGACGACUUCUUGUGAGGCAAAAGAGACGACUUGUCUAGCGGGAUUUUCCAAAUGUCAAAGUAUAACAGUGGAUCAAACCAUAGGAUCCAUGGAAGAGUCCACCACGACUAAACAGUGUGCACUUCAGUGCGAAUCUGGGACUCAAAAACUACAAAGUGGAAUCACAAUAAUUAACAAGUGCUGUGACACUGAUCUCUGCAAUGCCGCAGGUGGGAUGAAUAAGGGAAGUGUUGUCCUGCUGUUGUCUCCUCUGCUCUUCUACUUUCUUGCUUAAGUCCAACUGCAGGAGAAACAAACAACACAACAAACACAAUUGUAUCAUGAUUUGAGUAUCAAAAUGUGUAUUUUAAUAAAAAUAUAUGAAUCAAAA